UGACAUUGCGCCCUGUCAACCCCUUCAAGCAUGAAGAUCAGACAAGGCCGGAAACUUUCAAACUGACAACUUUUGCUUAGAGGCAUAAAAGCUAGAUACAAUGAGGAUGAUGAUGAAGAUGGCUGCUGUCGCCCUGCUCAUGCUCCUGCUCUGCGGCUUUGUCGUCACAGAGCCAGAGUGUGACGAAACUGUUGCUGUAGGCCAAGACUUUACUGUGCCCUUUGACCACCAACUGAAAGACACAGAGAGCUUGCAAUGGAAACAUGGGGAUAGAGUAAUCUUUCGUCAAAAUACAAAAGGAAUACAUGCUGGGAAGGCGGAUGAUAUUGAUAAAAAAGGAUCCCUUAAACUGACACAUCUUCAGAAAGGAAAAGCAGGGAAAUACACUGCAGAGGUUAACGAUGCCAUUGGAAGAGCAGUAACAACUACGAAGCCCUUCAAUUUAUGUGUAAUAGAGCGUGUCCCGGAGCCUUCAUUGGGGUUUACAUGUUCCGAAGACUUUGUCAUAUUCACCUGCAAAGUCAAGAUUACCCAGGACCAACAAAAGGAUAUCAAAUAUUCAUGGCUUAUGGAAAAGCAGCUGAUGAAAGAGAGCACUAACAUUCUGAAAAAAAACCCUGAAGAGGUUAAAGGUUCAGUCCGAUGCAAUGUUUACAAUGAGGCCAUGUCUUUGACCAGUAAACCUGUUAUACAUGACUGUAAGCCCAAAUUAUUUGGCCUUGAUUUCUGGCUUAUGGUGGCGAUCCUGGCUGGUGGAGGAGGACUUGUUCUGGUGCUCAUUAUCACCGUCAUUGUUUGCUGCUGCCGGGCCGGACGGAAAAAAAGCAUGAGAGUUAAAGACGAGGAGGAGCUUCGUUUGGGGUGGUCCAAACCUGAACAUCAUCAUCAUCAUCAUGGUCAUGGUCAACAUGAUCAUCCUCCCGGUCAUAAUCACACUCAUCAUCACCAUCAGCAGCCAGCCGGGCAUACCGGUCCUCGUCAACCUCGCUCCAAACAGCAUCGUGAGCCGCGUGGAAAACUCCCCGAGCCGCCAAACGGCCAACCUCAGCCCAGCCCGAGAAGACCUGCACAGGCCCCCAGACCAGUCAAUAACAUGGAUGACGAGCAUCCUCCUCCUCUGCCUCAGCCCAGGAAGAAAGCUCCCAAAACGCCAAGAGUGUGACACCAUGUGAGUGUUGAAGUUUAGAGAAGAAAAACAGUCCUCCUUUUUUCAUGCGUGCACCGGCUGUUUCAUGUCUCUCCUUCAUCCUUCUCUACUGAAGAAGAUUCAUUCUUCCAAAUUCAUACAGGGGGAGCAAAGAGACUCCUUCUGUUGCUUGAUGUUAUGGAUUCAUGGGAUGGUGAACAUCAUUUGGUACAAACUAACUUUUACUUUUUUUAUUACACUGUUUAUUCAAACUAAAAAUACAAAUUAAAAGAUGCUUGUGAAAACCAGGGCUGGGUAUGGGUAAGGUAUUGACCGAAAUAAAUUGAUUCCAAGUAGUAUAGAAAUGUCUCCCAUCAAACGAUACCUGUAAUCCAUCCUUUUUGCACCCAGAGCUAGAAAAUGUAAUUUUUUGUAUGGACGUACUCACAGCCAAUCAACGCAAGAGUUGUUCAUAAAUAUUAAUCAUUUGCAGACUUUCAAAAUGCAUUUGUGUAAAAAUCAAAUCAUUUAGAUGUGGAAGAGUGGUCUCUUCACAUGAUGGGUAUGGAAUGAAGUACUCAGUUGGUAUCGGUAUCACUUUGAGGGUACCUGGACUGGUACUGGUAUCGUCAUUUUUAAAAUGAAAACUGAUGUCAAGAUUUCCGUUUUAUGAUGUUAGAAGAAACUUUUUUUAUCGGUGUAUCUAACCACGAUGUCAGGAUUACAAUGUAUAUUUUUUCCUCUUUCUUUUUUUUUUUGUUCUGUACUCCUCAGGGCUUUUCUUGUACAUUUGUAAAAAACAACAAAAAAGAAACAUCACACCCUCUAAUCUCAUUACAGUAUUGUGUUUAAUAUUGAAAGAACUAAAACUAAUGAGCAAACUUCAACAGAUGACAAUUAAAGAUAUACUAUGAAAAAUAAUCCCUUUCAAUCAUCACUUAACUAACUAAAUAUUAGAGCUGGAUAGAUAACUGAAAAUGGAGCACAUUCAGUCUUCUAAGAAUUGCUGGGCUGGCACACACGCCAAAAAAAGUGAAUUUUAAAUUGAUCUUGUUUGUAGUUUGAAGUGUCUGGCCAACACUUUUACACAAGUCCCUUUUACAAUGGUGGUGUGUUUAUUUGUGAUUCAGAACAUAACCACUGUGAAAAGCAGAAAUAACUUUAUUUAUCAUAUUCCCAGCUUUGCUCUCACCAGUGCUGCUCGCUAUUUUCAAUCACUGCUGUUCUCACUCUUCUUCAUGCUCUGGCUCUCAAGUUGAGCUGGGGAGGAGGGGCAGCUUUAAAUACUGUGUUCUCACAAACCCCAACCAGCAAAUCCUGCAUAGUAUAUCUUUACAAAAUACUUUCAGAACAGAAUAUGGGUGCUGUUACAAAAUCAAAGAGUGUGCAUUUAGUGAUGCGAACUUCAAAAAAUUUGUUUCAUGUUUGAUUUCUUUUUUUUGCCGACUGUUUGCUUUCCUGACAAGCUGCAGAAAAUAAUGUGAUUUAUAAUGUUUCAUUCACCGAGCAGCCUUUUAAUUUACAUUUCACAAAUAUACAAACUAUUAUCAGAUGUACAUUUGAACACAGUUGUCUUUUUUUGUGUAUUUAUCUAAAGUAAAUGGAUCACAUAGCAACAGGUCCAUUUCCUUCACUGUACAAACUAUCAAUGAAUCAAUCAAGUUUAUUUGUCACAUAUAGUCAUACAAAGUACUAUCACAGUGCUCUGAAAUCUACAUGUAAUUUAUGCUUUAGGGGAUUCAUUAUCAUAACUGCUUUUAUAAUUGCUUUUACCUUUUGUAUUACUGUAAAACCACUGUACCAAAGCAUUUAUAUUAUGUACAUUAUGUGUUCAAUGUGAAAAGUGUAUGCAGGGAUGUUUUUGAAUAAAUGAUAUAAAUGAUGGUAUGACAUGUUUUUCCAGAUAAAUGUGAGUGAAGGAAAUGAACGUUUGAACCUACAUCAGUUUCACCUCGGUUAUGCAGAGCAAUGCAGGCAAAGUGUGUCUGUGCGUGUGUGUGUCCUUGUGUGUGUGUGCGUGUGUG